AUGCAUAUUCAAGAGGUGAAUACACCAGUGAUUCAUAAUAUGGUCUCGGUUAUGUCAUUGGAAAAUAUGUCAGCUUUUGAUAACGAAUCAUCUUUGGAAGUAUCCAAUUGUCAAGAGUACAGUUCUCAUGAAAUUCAUUCUGAUGAACAAUCUACUGAAGAUAGUACUAGUAAUGAAUUAACAACCACGAAAUAUGAAAUUACACAACUCUCUGGAUUAAAUUCAUUUCAAAAUGAAAAUGUACAUAAAUCUAAAAGUUCCUCAUAUAUCCAUCAUAUUCCAUCUGAUGAAAUUAAAUCUAAAGUUGAAAGUUAUUCUGAAUUGAAAACCGGUGAUAGUAUAUCUCAUCAGUUGGCUAUACCCCCUACAGCCUAUCGUUCACCAGCACCAUUCUGGUAUGAACCAGCAGCUGUAGCUGCAAAUAAUGCUUGUGAUUAUACAAUUAAAAUUACUUUGGAAAUGGCUAAAUCUGGUCAAGCUCCUAGACCAGUUCGAGUGUAUGCUGAUGGAGCCUAUGAUAUGUUUCAUUCUGGUCAUGCUCGCCAAUUAAUGCAAGCCAAGUGUGCCUUUCCAAACACUUACCUCAUCGUAGGUGUAUCUAAUGAUGCUGAUGUACAUCAUUAUAAAGGUCGCACAGUUAUGAAUGAAAAAGAGCGUUAUGAAGCUAUUCGGCACUGUCGAUAUGUAGAUGAGGUUAUAAAUGAUGCACCUUGGUCUAUUACAGACGACUUUUUACAAAAACACAAGAUUGAUUUUGUUGCACAUGAUGACAUUCCCUACGCAUCGCCUGACAGUGAAGACGUGUAUAAACCACUCAAAGAUGCUGGCAUGUUUCUUGUUACUCAACGUACAGAAGGGAUUUCUACUACUGAUGUGAUUGGUCGUAUUGUACGGGAUUAUGAUGUCUAUUUAAGGCGGAACAUUCAACGAGGAUUGUCAAGAAAAGAUUUAAACAUUAGUUAUAUGAAGGAAAAAAGUAUCCGAUUACAGGAUAAUCUUGAGACAAUGAUGAAACGAGGCUCUAGUUUCAUUCAAAAUUUUGAUAGUAAACGUCGUGAGUUUGUUGAUCAAUUAGAGGAUAUUUCACAUGAAGUUGUUCGAUCAUUUAUGCGUAUUUUUGGUUCUGAUGGUCAUCUACGUCAUUGGUGGUCAUCACGUAAACGUGCAAUCUCCAAUUCAACUUUUUCAACACCACAGACAUCACCAACCUGUAGUGCAAGUGAAGAUGAACUCGAAGAAACUUAUUGUAAAAAACCAAGAAAGUGUUAUAGCGUGAAUUAUGGUUCUCGUUCCAGUAGUCCUAUCACUGAUUCUGAUGAACAAAUAAAUGAAAUGAGAAUGUUGUCAAGUACAAAAGAACCAGAUGCAUACUUAUCUCCAUUACGUGCUGAAAAUCAAAUCGAUAACACGUUCACCAUUACAACUGAAACUAGACGAUUAUUUCCUCGUCAAGGAUCGAAAAGUGAAUCGAGACUACGCAAAAAUAGUUAUCGUAGUCUACAUUCCACAGUGAAACAUAGUAUCCUGCUUAUCUGUACCAACUAA